AUGCCUUUUCGAGGCCAUGAUGAAAGUGAAACUUCUGCAAGAAGAGGAAACGUUUUAGAUCUCUUGAAGUGGUAUGCAGAUAAGAAUGAAGAUGUGAAACAAGUUGUGUUAGAAAAUGCUCCACAAAAUGACAUCAUGAUUUGUCCAAAUAUCCAAAAAGACAUUGUGAGUUCUUGUGCAAAAGAAACGGUGAAAGCAAUUGUUGAAGACUUAAAUGGGGAUUACUUUGGGAUAUUAGUUGAUGAAUCUAAGGAUGUCUCUCAUAAAGAACAAAUGGCUCUUAUUCUGCAGUACGUCAACAAAGAGAGCAAACUAAUUGAGCAAUUCCUUAGUGUUGUUCAUGUUAAAGAUACACUUGCACUAAGGGUGUACAAAGGUUAUGAUGGAGCUAGUAACAUGCAGGGAGAAAUCAAUGGUCUUAAAACUUUGAUUAUGAAAGAUUAUCUUUCAGCAUAUUGCACACAUUGCUUUGCUCAUCAAUUGCAAUUGACUCUUGUAGCUGUUGCAAAGAAGCAUCAUGAGGUAGAUCAAUUUUUUUAUAUUCUUGCUAAUGUUUUGAAUGUUGUUGGAGGUGUUUUUAAGUUUAGGGAGAUGCUUAGAGACGAUCAAGCAGAAAAAUUAAAGGAAAUACUAGUGCUCGGUGAAGUUCAUACAGGAAGUGGAUUGAAUCAACAACUUGGACUUCAAAGGGCAGGGGAUACACAGCUUAACAAUCGUUUUGAUGAAGUGAAUACUGAUCUACUUUUUGGUAUGGCUAGUUUGAGUCCAGAUAAUUCUUUUGCAAAUUAUGAUAAAGAGAGUAUUAUGAAACUUGCUACACAUUAUCGGGAUGAGUUUAGUGUUUCCAUGCUUGAGGAUCUUAGUUAUGAGCUUGACAACUAUAUUGAUUAUGUGCGAGAAUUGAAUAAAGCUUUCUCUAACUUGAAAAGACUUGCAGAUCUUUCAGAGACAUUGGUUAAAACAAAUUUGCACAAGACUUGGAGACUUGUUUAUUUGCUUGUGAAGUUGAGCUUAAUAUUACUUGUCGCUACUGCAACGGUGGAAAGAGCUUUUUCUUCGAUGAAGUAUAUUAAAAAUGACUUGUGUAGCAGAAUUGGUGAUAAAUUUUUGAAUGAUUGUUUAGUUUGUUAUAUAGAGAAUGAGGUAUUUGAAAGUGUACCUAAUGAGGCAUUCAUUGAUCGUUUUCAGAAGAUGGUUGUUCGUCGAGUACAAUUGUAA